CUUGUCAUCCUUCACAGUAGCUUGCUCUCAGUAGAUAUGAACGUGUUACUGUUACUUUCAAUUGCAGCAUCAGUCUGUUUGUGCGUCUGCGAUCUGGAUCCAAACAUCAGAUUUUUUCCUCCACUGGGCCAUAGCGUUGCUGGGGUCUUCCAAGUGAGUUAUGUAAACAGCUUGAAUCAGCCCUACUAUGCUUUUAAUGCCUCUGAUGCUCGCAGUCGCUGUGAGUCACUGGGGGUGAACAUCGCCUCAGUAUCACAAGUGAUAAAUGCCCUGACCAGAGGAUUAGAAACAUGCAGGUUUGGUUGGACUGAUGAACAUUUGGCAGUUGUUCCUCGUGUAACAGCACAGGUCAACUGUGGACAGAACCAGACCGGUUUGGUCAGAUGGAGAGCUCCAAUUACCAAGAAAUUUGAUGUCUUUUGCUUCAAUGAAUCAGAUGCAGACACAGAGACACGGCCCACAGUCCCACACAUUAUCUUUCUCUCCUCUGCCACCAUCCAGCACAAUCUCUCUCUCUCCUCUGAGUUUACACAGCCCAGUGUCGACACACACUCGGACAGUAAAGCUGAAAAGGCUUUGAGAGUCGGCAGUACUCAGGGAUCCUCAGGAAAAAAAACUGUGGUGAUCACAUCAGUUGUAGCAGUUUUUCUGGUUGCAAUAGUAGCUGUGGUUUAUAUAAAAGUAAAACGUAACUCUGGCAAAGAGCCGUACAUUGAGGGAGAAGAAUGGACACACGUCAAAUAUGAAACCAAGAAAAACUGUCAAACUAAAGUGGAUAGUGUUUAAGAUGCACUUUGCUAUGAUUACUGUAAAUAUGUAUAAUAUUAUUUGAUUCUGUUUUUUAAUUUUGGUCCUUUUCAUAUUUUGGCCACUAAAUGGCGAUUCAAAGAAGAGUUUAUUGAUAAUAUGCAACUGAAAAGUUGAGUCACUGAAAAUAAAUGUAUUUAUUUC